ACAAGAAAACUAAUUAAAACCUUAAAGAUCUCCCCCACCCAACAACAAUUAUACAGUGACUGACACAUCUAAAUCGCCUUCACUUUAAAGCAAGGAACCCAAACUUCACUUCCAACACAUUUCCUAAGCUCUCCUUCAUUGGCUUUACAAUUAGAACUCUCUCUCUCCUUAACCAUUUUAACUACUCUCUUUCUCUCUCUCUCUCUCUGUAAACAUUCUUCCAUCCCCAAAAUCUUCAGCAAUGGCCAUAAAAGUUUAUGUAAUAUCUUUCCUCCUAACUUCAGUUCUCUUCUCUCUCCUAUACAUCCCAACUAGGUUAAAAAUCCCCAUCCACAACUUCAAGCCAGUCAUAAACUACUUCAACUUAACCACCGUAUCCAGCAACAGCACCACCAAGCCAUAUCCGGUGACAUUUUCCUACCUAAUCUCUGCAUCCAAAGGCGAUUCCACGAAGCUAAAGCGCAUGCUGUAUGCCCUAUACCAUCCUGGAAAUUACUAUCUAAUCCAUAUGGAUUACGCUGCACCAGAAGAUGAGCACAGGGACAUUGCUGACUUUGUGGCUGGAGAUCCAGUUUUUGGGCAAGUUGGUAAUGUUUGGGUUUUGGGAAAACCUAAUUUGGUCACUUACAGAGGACCAACCAUGCUUGCCACUACUCUUCAUGCAUUGUCUUUGCUCCUGAGGACUUGGGAUUGGGAUUGGUUUAUCAAUCUUAGUGCUUCUGAUUAUCCUUUAAUCACUCAAGAUGAUCUGAUACAUGCUUUUUCUGAUUUACCAAGAGAUCUCAAUUUCAUACAUCACACAAGUCGCUUGGGUUGGAAGCUGAAUAAGAGAGGGAAGCCAAUGGUAAUAGACCCAGGACUGUACAGCCUGAAUAAAUCAGAGUUGUGGUGGGUCAUCAAACAAAGGGCUCUCCCAACUGCUUUCAAGCUUUACACAGGUUCAGCUUGGACAAUUUUAUCAAGAUCUUUUGCCGAGUAUUGCGUCGUAGGGUGGGACAAUCUGCCAAGGACUCUCCUCCUCUACUACACUAACUUUGUCUCAUCACCGGAAGGCUACUUCCAGACAGUAAUAUGCAACUCCGAAGACUACAAGAACACCACCGUCAAUCACGACCUUCAUUUCAUUACAUGGGAUACACCUCCGAAGCAGCAUCCGAGGUCUCUUGGACUGAGAGACCUCAGAAGAAUGAUUCUGAGCAACCGUCCAUUUGCUAGAAAGUUCAAGAAAAAUGCCCCUGUUCUAAACAAAAUUGAUCGCGACCUUCUUAAACGACAUCGCGGACAAUUUGCUUACGGGGGAUGGUGUUCUGGGAGUAAUGGGAAGACGCAAAAGGUAUGCUCGAGUUUGCAGAGUGAAAACUAUGGCGUUUUAAGACCUGGAUCCGGGUCUAGGAGGUUGAAAUCUUUGUUAAUGAAACUCCUCUCCACAAGGAACUUCAAGAAACAACAAUGCAGAUGAUUCUUUUUAUAACCAAAAUUAAUAAAUUGCAUGCUUGUAAUUGUGUGUUCUCUACAUGAUUUUUCGAAAU